AUGCGGCGUGAUGGUUGGCCAGCUUUAUGUAUUCACGGUGAUAAAGAGCAAAAAGAACGGGAGUGGGUUCUUGCGGAAUUCAAGGAGGGUAAAACCCCUAUUUUGCUUGCGACUGAUGUCGCUGCUCGUGGAUUGGGUAUGUUCUCUGGGGGCUAA